AUGUACAGCUUUAUGGGCGGAGGGUUGUUCUGUGCUGGCGUAGGGAACAUCCUCCUGAUUGUUUCCACAGCAACCGAUUAUUGGAUGCAGUAUCGGCAGUCCAACAACUACAUGCACCAAGGCCUGUGGCGCUACUGUAUGCCGGGGAAAUGCUUCACACACAACGACACUAUCGCCCACUUGGACGCCACGCGUGCCCUCAUGAUCCUGUCGCUGCUCGCAUGCUUUGUCGGCAUCAUCAUCGGCAUCAUGGCCUUCAUCCACUACUCCUCCUUUGACAGAUUUGACAAAACCUUUGCUGCCAGCAUUUUGUUCUUCAUCUCAUGCUUUUUAGUGUUGCUGGCCAUGGCCGUGUACACGGGGGUGACCAUCAACUACUUUGGGAAACGAUACGGGAACUGGAGGUUCUCCUGGUCUUACAUCAUUGGCUGGGUGUCCGUGGUUCUCACAUUCUUCUCAGGGAUAUUUUAUAUGUGUGCCUACAAGAUGCACGAGUGCCCAAGGAACUCUCACUGA